GCCUGGAGUUGCCACUAAGCAGACUUGCUACCUGUGGAGGCAAAGGGACAGGGAAGGAAGGAAGACCAUGGGGCGAUUCAUCUUUGCGAGUCUCGGCUUGCUGGUUGUGGCUUUUUCCCUGAGUGGAAUUGGAGCUGAUCACCAUUGUCCCUUUGAUUGGUUCUCCCACAAUGUGUCUUGCUACAAGCUCUUCAAAAGUUGGAUGACCUGGGACGAAGCGCAGAGGUACUGCACAGAGCAGCAGGAAAACAGCCAUCUCGCUUCCAUCAAAGACGUGGGAGAAUCAGUGAAGUUGUCCAACCACAUCUCUCAAGGAUGGAGAAUCUUUGAUGUCUGGGUCGGAUUGAGGCUUUCGAAGAGAAAAAACAUGUGGGAGUGGAGCGAUGGCUCCAACAUCACCUACACAUCCUGGAAACAAGGUGAACCCAACAAUUUUUUGAACAAGGAGUCCUGUGCUGCGCUGACAGUCGGGUCCCGGUUCCUCCAAUGGAAUGACAAGGACUGCGGGCACAGGCAUCCUUUUGUCUGCAAGUUCUAGCCCUGGAGUGCGGCAAGCAGCUGAUGAAGGUCGGAGAAGCAGCGAGGCCCCCCUGCCUGCCGAAAUCUCUGCUCCGUACCUCUUUGCUUAACGGAUGCUUUGCGUCACUUGGAUCUGAUUUUACUCAUUCUGAUGGGCCAGAAGUUCGAAUAAAUUCUG